UAACGCGGCUUCACACUGUCUUCUCUUUCUUGAUCAUCCAAACCUCCGCUCAUACCGUCUCAAGAUGGCACCAAAGAAGGCCAAGAGGAGGCAGGCAGCAGACGGUGGCUCCUCCAACGUGUUCUCCAUGUUUGAGCAGAGCCAGAUUCAGGAGUACAAGGAGGCUUUCACAAUCAUUGACCAGAACAGAGAUGGUAUCAUCAGCAAAGAUGACCUGAGGGACGUGCUGGCCUCACUGGGCCAGCUGAAUGUGAAGAGUGAGGAGCUGGAGGCCAUGAUCAAGGAGGCCAGCGGCCCCAUCAACUUCACCGUCUUCCUCACCAUGUUUGGAGAGAAGCUGAAGGGUGCUGACCCCGAGGACGUUAUUCUUAGCUCCUUCAAGGUCCUGGACCCCGAGGGUACUGGAACCAUCAAGAAGGAAUUCCUCGAGGAGCUCCUGACCACCCAGUGCGACAGGUUCUCCAAGGAUGAGAUUAAGAACAUGUGGGCCGCCUUCCCCCCAGAUGUUGCCGGCAACGUAGACUACAAGAACAUCUGCUACGUCAUCACACACGGAGAGGAGAAGGAGGAGUAA